AUGGCAGGAUUAGCACAUAGUUUUUUACUAUUAUUACAAUAUCCUAACUUUACAAAUCUUAAAGAAAUAUCAUCAAAAUCUACUUUAUUUACUGUUGAUUCAACUAACAAAAUUCAAAAUGAUUUUGAUCGAACUGAAGAUAAUCCAGCUAAAAAUUUCAUUAUCUCAUUUCUUUCAACAUAUAACUGGUUAAACAGUGUCUUUUUGCAACAGGAUGCUUGGGAUUUUUGGGCAGUUUUAUCACAUUCUUUGAUAAAAAUAGAUGAUGAUAUAUUUAUGUUUAAUAAAGAAGAUGGUUAUAAAUUACCCUAUGAUGAUAACAGUUCUGAGAGUGAAGAGGAAAAUGAAGAAGACAUGUGUAUCAAAGUUAAUCAACUUAAUAAUAAGGUUACUGAACUGAACAAAAAGAUAGAUGAUGUUAAUAACAAGAUUGAUAAAUUAUUAAUCAAAGUCACAUAA